AUAUCAUUUAUGACUGAGGUGAAAAAAGCAAGGCGGUGGAAUCAAAUCACCUGACCAAUGCUCUUCUCUUUGUCUCCGUUUGCUGCUUUCGUUGCCGGUGGUUUACCUAGCAGUCUGUUUGCUUUUGCUUCCGCUUCCUUUCACCUUACUAUCAUCUCUCACUUCAUCUUCUCAUCCACUACUUUCCUGGUUUAUUUAGGUAUCUAGACAAGAUGCUAAUCUACGGCGAGGAAGACCUCCCAAAAGACGCUGUCUUUCCCCCAGAUCUCGAUAAGCUUGGAUACUUCAUCAACGACCAGGAUCAAAUCCGGCAGCUAGCGAACCCGCAAGAGGAUUUCAAGUUCAAAAUCAACAAAAAUGAUAGAUGGAACGAGGUACAGCGCAAUGCAAUGAAUGAAUGCGUUCGUCGUAUUGUUCUUGAUCGUCUGCACGCUCUGUCUAUGGCUACUGUUCGUCUUCCUCCUGGAGCCCAACCUCAUGACAGACAUGUGCCAGUAUUAUGCUCUUCCAAUCUAAACCAUGCCAAGCGAAUCGUCGUGGUCUUUGGCGGUUCCAGCCAGGAUCUUGGUAUCUGGGCCUAUCGAUGUGUAGGGGCCUUGGGUAUUUACGUAGGGUCGAUGAUAGAUUUUGCCAAAUCUGUCUUGGAGGUUGAUAAACAAGGGGGUGAUUCCGACUCUUCGUCUUGUCUGGACACCGCACUAGUGAUUGCAAAUACCGGGCAGUUGGUGUUCCAUUGCGGUGCAGGAGCAGCGGUAUCAGAACGCACUUGGCAUGCUCUUCCACGGCAAUCGGCCGUUCAUCCGCCAUUGAAACAGAGCCAUCGAAACAUUAUCCCCCAUAAUGCUACCAGCUACGAGCAUGUCCAAUGCGUUUUUGAGGGAAUACUAGCCGCGAGAGGACAGAUGGUGGAUGCAGAUGCUAAGAUUGACGUUGUCGGGGUAGCAGAAGGUGCAGACGGUGUGAUCAAGUACUUGGCAAAGAACUGGGUUAAAUGGAACCAACACAUUUCCGCGAUGUGUUUCGCAGAGCCACACUACAGAAAACAUGAAUGGGGGACCGAGCACGCAGCUGACUCGCAUGCUGUACCUGCAAAGGAAUCCUUUGCCAGAUUCAUUUCUACGCGUUGUCGUGCGUACGUGCUCUCGGCACAGCCCGUGGAGUGGCCAGUUCCAGGUACUCUUGAAUAUGGCUGCAAUACCUAUUCGUCUGGUGAACCAAUGCACUCGGAAGCCACGAUUGUCUCGUGCUGGCGGAACAUGUUACAGUGGCUGGACAAACUCCAUGCCAGCCCAUCAUACGAGGAAGUCGAGCUAAUCAUCCAAGAGCAAGUGGAGGACGACGGCUGGGAGGAAUGGAUACAGGGCGAGGAUACGAUCGAGCUGGAGGAGUAAGGAAUUAUCAUUAUUAAUGCCUGACAAAUUGGAGAACAGAAGUGCUUCGCUUAAUAGUCUGCCUAGAUAGAUCCUCCAAUAGACGAUUCCACCAAAGCUCAAGCGUUGUUCACAUGUCUCUUUCCAUAAAAGAAGGACGGGACGAGCCUGACUGCCUGAGGCAGCGGCUCCGGAGCCGGCCGACGGCUGCAAAACACUGCAAACAGUGUACGUGCACGAAAAACUUUUUUAUGGGGCAGCUAGGAAUAUCGGGC